GUUGGGGGGCGGGAGGGAGGGAAGCGCGCGGGUGAAAGGCGCAUUGAUGCAGCUUUCGGCGGCCUCGGAGCGCGGCGGGGCCAGACUCUGAUCACGUCCCGGUUCCCGGGUCUCCUUCUCCUCCUCUCCUGCUUCACGAGUCCCGGGGCCGCCGCGCGCCAUGCGUCCCCAGGGCCCCGCCGCCGCCGCCUCCCCGCUGCGGCUCCUCGGCCUCCUGCUGCUCCUGCUGCUGCAGCUGCAGGCGCCGUCGAGCGCCUCCGAGACGCCGAAGGGGAAGCAAAAGGCGCUUCUCCGGCCGAGGGAGGUGGUGGACCUGUAUAAUGGGAUGUGCUUACAAGGGCCUGCGGGGGUGCCUGGGCGAGAUGGAAGCCCUGGGGCCAACGGCAUUCCUGGUACCCCUGGAAUCCCAGGUCGGGAUGGAUUCAAAGGAGAAAAGGGGGAAUGCCUGAGGGAAAUCUUUGAGGAGUCCUGGACGCCUAACUACAAGCAGUGCUCAUGGAGUUCACUGAAUUAUGGCAUAGAUCUUGGAAAAAUUGCGGAGUGUACAUUCACAAAGAUGCGUUCGAACAGUGCCCUAAGAGUUUUGUUCAGUGGCUCACUCCGGUUAAAAUGCAGAAGUGCGUGCUGUCAGCGUUGGUAUUUCACGUUCAAUGGAGCUGAAUGUUCAGGACCUCUUCCUAUUGAAGCCAUAAUUUAUUUGGACCAAGGAAGCCCUGAAAUGAAUUCAACAAUUAACAUUCAUCGCACUUCCUCUGUGGAAGGACUUUGUGAAGGAAUUGGUGCUGGGCUAGUGGAUGUUGCUAUCUGGGUUGGAACGUGUUCAGAUUACCCGAAAGGAGAUGCCUCUACUGGGUGGAAUUCAGUGUCUCGCAUCAUUAUCGAAGAACUACCAAAAUAAAUUCUUUCAUUUUUAUUCCCUACCUCUUUUUUAUCAUACCUUCAACUGGUUCAUUUUAGUGACACCUUAUAUAGUUUGUAGGUGUACAUCUGAAUGAAAAAACAAAUGAAACGUGUUUACAGACCAACGUGUGAUUUCACACUGUUUAUAGAUCCAGUAUUAUUCAUUUUCCUUCAAUCAAGAAUGGUUUCAGGAUUUUGUAGUUGAUUAGAAUACUUUCUUCAUAUUCCCAUCCCCUGAACUUAUAAUUUGGAAUGUCAUUGUGGUCUUCAUUUUUUUUUUUCCUAUUCUCGUAGCAUAUAGCACUUUUUAAAAUACGAAAGCUACCAGACGUUGUACAAGUUGUAAAUGUUCAGAAUUGUUUUAUAUCUGUGAAAUAAAACUAAUUUCAAACAACUUUAA